AUGAAUCCUCCAAUACAUCCAGCAUCGCAAUCAGCCAUCGUUCCCUCCAAAAAUGCUCUGCGAGCUCUGCGUCGACUGGCCCUAUCGUCUCCCGUCCUUGUGGCCAGCACUCUGGGAGGUGUCUGCGGUAUUGCGACCCUCAACUAUGAAGUCAACCGGAGAGUCCGCCUGGCGGAACAGGCUCUCGAGUCCAAGAAAAUCAUACGGUCGUUGUCCCAUGGAAGAGGCGCCAGCCAACUCAAUGCUAUGAUUGGAGCUGCAGAAAGAGGUGAAGAUUUUACAUUGAGCACGAGAAGUACCAAGAGGAAGAAGAAGACUCCGACGAGGGAUUUCUCCGCUGUAGCUCUCCAGGAACACUCGGAACACAUCCACGACAUAACAUCAGAGAAUCUUCCUCCCGAGGCCGAACUGCAAUACCCACCUUUUAUCCAAUUCGUGCCUUCCUCCAAAGCAACAAGCCGACCAUCCCAGACCGCACCGACAAUUGGGACGGAUCGAAGUGGUAUGAACGGCGUGGCUGCGGAGAAGCAUCUGAGGCUCAGCAAGGUGCCACAUAGAACACCGAGUUAUCAAACCAGUAUGCCUCCAAAACAUCAGCACAAGUUGGACGUGGACAGAGCUACAAAUCUUCAGAAUUGGCUUGGUCGUAUCCCUGAGGGCUCUGCAGGAAAGGUUUCCGCUUACUCCCCGUCGAAGGAGUCUAACCAUGAUCGUACACCUCAGAAGGGUCAGAGAAGCACUUCGGACUUGCGCAUCAGAAGAGUCGCAGUGGUGGAUCCCAUGCACGGGCAGGAAACGCCAAUCGAGUUCCCAAUCCCGCAGAAUCCACUCCAUACAGAGGAUGGUAGUAGCCAGGGGCGGCCUCCUCGAGAAGAAAGUGACAGGAAAGGAGCCUCUCCAUCCAUGGAUCCGCUUCUUGACCAGACGAAAUCCAUACCAGGAUCGAACCACGAAGACCAGCAGGUCGAGGCCACAAUACGUGGAGCGUUCCAUGCUCGUGGGGAUCGAGCAGUUUAUUUGAUUGCUUACCUCGAUGACAAAGGUGUAGAUCAGGCUCUGAGAGAUUUGCUCAGCCAAGUCCCACAGCUGCCCUGGGAUCCAGUUGCAGUCGAAUGCUUGCUGCCUUCGGCACCGGAGGACUUUGUCAAUCACGCCAAAGACAUCCUGGAUCCGAAAACUCUCUUCAGCCUGCAUCAAUUUAUACAGCCCGAGAAUAGGAAAAUGAGGCGACACUAUCAGUAUCGGCGCUGGCUCGCUGUCAUGAGACAUUUUACCACCCGACCCAGUACUCUGAAUUGGGCAAUGGCGGAAGCUGUAUUCUACGAGCAUCGAAGCUUAUUCAGGCUCAAAGAUCUCAGUAUUCAACCAGCGUUUGACCUUGUACAGUAUCUCUUAGAGACAGAUACCACUUCCAGCAGGGUUCAGAACAUCCUUUUCCCCGACUCACUGCAACAGGACUCCGCGGAUCCUGCUGAAGCCUUUCAGCUAUCGAUUAAAUACCUGAACUAUUUUUGCGAAGAGCAGCACACCAUCUCAGAAUGUCUUGAAGAGACCAAAAAGAUGAUCGAUGUAGCCCGACGGCGUGGGCUCGUCCCUUCUCAGGAUAUCAUUAUGCCUGUUCUCAAAGCUCUCGUCCGUUCAAAAGACUCGGACAAUGCGGACAUUGUCCUCGAUCAGCUUGGGCCAAUGCUGGGGAAUGUCGAGCAUAUUGACAUUCUAAGCGAAUACACGUUUUUGAACGCCUGCGAGGGCAACUGGGCGGUGGUCGAGUCUACGUUGGACAAGAUUCACGGCGUCAACACCUCGAGAUUUCGACCGGUGGAAUUCGCCCGCCUGUUUCAGAGACUUCUAUUGCAGCACACGGCGCAAAAUCCGUCCGCCCAGUCCUUUGGCUUCACGGUCCAUGCCAUCAAGUACGCUGGGUUGAUACCUACCGGUCUUAUUUCCAGGACACUUAUCUGCGCCUGCAUCCGAGAUCGCCGUUACGAUCUGGUCGUCGAAUGGGUGCGUUUGGUCAAGGAGGCCUUUCCAAGAGUGGGCCUUGGGUUUGAUCUGCUCCAAGGGGGAUGGAUACUUGCGGAUACCUUGAUGGAGGUCGGCGCCAGCUGCGAGGAAGUUGCCAGAGCUUGUCUGACAAUUGCUCAUGGGUGUCGGAAAAAUCCAUUCAGUCCAAACUUUAGAGAAUUUGCUAUCGAACUCAUCAAGACAGACUUGGCUCACAGGCUAUGUACAGCCUCUGCUCAGAUGUCGACCGGCAGUCUGUCAGGGGACGAUAUUCGCAAGAUGAGUCUGGAGCAAUUGCUCACUCUUGCCUUUGAUCUUCGCAACCCGUCAACGAACCCGCAGCCGAACGAAAUGCAGCACGAGGGGUUGAGGAUUGAUAUUGCGACUCAAAUGGCAGCAAUAGUAGAUCUGGUCAAGACGUUUCGAGGCGACACAAAGCUUUUGUUUCUGAGCAACAAGAGUCAGAUGGAUAUCGUUUCCAAACGGCGCCGUGAUGGUGAUUCUGGCCAGAAAUUGCGCGGUAUGGGCGUUUUCAAGCGAACCUUCCCCGAACUGUUCGACCAAGAGGGGAACACCGGAGCCAGAACAUUGACAGCCGCGCUGGUGGCAUAUUAUGACGGGCGUGAGCAGAAAGGUCUACCAGUCGACCACGCCGUGUUGAGACACCUCAUUACCAAUAUCGGUCCGCAACAUCCAGCAGAAACGCUUGAACUUGUCGAGGCUAUUUAUGCAAGUGGGUACGUCCAAGGACAUAAUGGAACCCCCUUCGAUGCAGACAUAUUCAAGAAAUGGCUCUACCUGGUAUCGACAAACGGAUCCGUCGCGUCCGCUGCAACGGUGCUGAAGGCGGUGGUCUAUUGCAGCAGUCAGUUGGAGUGGACUACGCAUUUUCGUGUUUUGUGUGAGUUUGUGGCCCAGGUGGAGAGCUACCCUGAUGGCAGUUUCUGGGACGAGAGACAAUAUCCCAAAAAACCCGAAGAUGGCGAGUUGAGGCCGUUGUAUGAGGAGAUCAAGAGGAUCUGGCUUCUUGCUGCAAAGCAAAGGAAGGAGGCAUUCAAAUUUCCCGAGUGGAAGGGUUGGGAGAUGGAGCUCAUGUAG